CAUCCUUGGAAUUCAUUCAGUUAUGUUGACACUGACAACUUUGCAGCUGUUAUUUGCCUGGGUUCCCACGUGCUCACUGAUGUGACAUUCUCUGGAAACCAAUGAGAGUCACACGACACGAGCAUGAGGUUGAGGUUGGAGAACAUCCAGUGGCGGACUGGCUCCCCGGGAGAGCUCGGGAAUGUGAGAUUUAAGGAUGAGUGAAGGAACAGGGGAUCUCAGAGUUCCAGAUGAUUAUUACCUGCAGAUCAGAAAUCUAAAGAGAAAUAUUUUCGUCACUCAACUCGGCGACAGAAGAGAUGAAGAUGAUGAGGACGUGAAUCACAUUCCAAUUGUCAGACAGGCUUCUGGUGAGAUUCUGGCGAGUGACCCAAAGACUUUUCAGAAGACCUUAGUGCUGAAGAAAGAAGUUGAAGUUGACCAAGUCAGUGCCGCACUUGCAGCUAAAAGGCAGGAGUUCUCUGAACGUAUGGAAGCAGUUGCUAAGCGCAUGGUGGAAUAUGAGAAAGCAGAACUGGCUAGUAAGCAACGAGCCCUGAAGUUUGAUAAGUUUCUCAAGGACAACGAGGCUAAGAGGCGACGAGCUAUUCAGAAGUAUCAGCUGGAAGUGAAACAAAACGAGGCAAAAUCUCAGGAGUUACAGAAUCUGCUUCGCCAGUUGGAAGAGCUGAAAGUCAGGCAGCGGAAACUGCAGAAAAAGAUGACACAAAAUAAAAUCUACGAAGAAUACCUCCAGAACGCCAUUGACAAUAUGCCAGAAGACUACUUGGAGUACAAUGCAGAAUCACUGUUGCUCAGCAUCAUUAGAAGAUACGAAACCCUGGGAGCCACCAACGAAACUCUAAUCAAUAACCUGAGCAGGUUGUCAGAUGUGCAAGAAAAGAGCCAACAUCACCUGGAAGCACUCCGGCAGGAACAUGGCAACAGCAAACUUACGAUCAACAGUGAGCUUUCACUGCUUCGAGACAAAUGUGAUAAAAGGAAGGAGAAGAACAGGCAGUUGGAAAUGAAAAUAAAUCUACACGGAGGGAACUUUAGGUACAAGAGUGAAGAACUUGGUGCUCUGCUGCUGGCGAUUAAUAACCUGGCUGAUCAGUGCUAUGUUAAACAUUAUGGAGCACUGAAAGAAAUCAGCAUUUUGGGAAAAUUGGACAUGAUAAAGGAAUUCAUCUUGGAAAAGCGAGUUGUUACACAAAUGGCAAUGCAAGCUGUCGAUUCUAUGUUAGCAGCGGAUCAAAAUCACAGCAAGUCAGGAGUCUCCAACCAACUGAGGGCAUCCAAACUCUCAAUGGGAAAUCACAACAAAACACUGAGCAGCGAUCAGAGAAAUAGACUAAAGCUUUCCAACAGCAAGACUCAGUGAACAACCUCAGCAUUCUCAUUCCAAGUGAAAAAUUAUUUGGUGCUUCAAUUCGCUCAAAAGUUAUUACAAAUGUACUUCAGUCACCAAGCAAUGCCAAUUUAAUGCUGGCCGCUUCCCAUUUAAGUGUGAAUGGACUGGUAGCAGACUGAGGAGUGAAAUGUUCAGACAACGUAGGUUGCUCAGCAUUAUGAUCCUAACCAAGCCAACCACAAAAAGUUGUUUGAUAGAAAAACAGACACCAGGAGAAACUCACUUUUCUUUUUAACUUGGUGUUAUAGGAUGUUUAACCACCGCCUGAAAGGGCAGAUGGGACCUUGGUUUAACUAAGAGUCAGAGCGCUUAAUGUUCUUCACAAAGUAUAAAUCAAUUCGAUAUCGCAAAAUGAGCUCCAAAGAUGAGAAAUACCCAAUGACGUUGAGUAAAGCAACAACAACAACAACAUCUUGAAUUUACACAGCGCCCGUCACACAGGGUAGCGUCCCAGAGCAGUGAAUUCUGCCCUGAGCUCGCCCGCUGGCUGUCUGUUCUUGUUUAACACACAAACAUACAUACAUACAUCAUAAAUGUUGACCGACUAGCAAUUUGGAAGAAUUUUUGAUCUCACUCCUUGAGUACUGCAGAGCUGCUCGGCUCAGGCUCUGGAACUGCUGAGUCUAGUGCAGAGAGAGUACUGAUGGCUGCUCUCCCCUUGGCACGAACAUGACCACAGGGGCUUUGCCAAUCCCAGAGACACCUUUCCCCCAUUGAAGGUUGACGUCUGACUCUGUCAGACACCGACUGCAACCCGGCUGGGCUUGUCUCUAGGACUUGCACCAUCUCUCCUGUUGGCGAGAGUUAAACUUAAAGGCACUUAAGCGAGUAUUUCCAGUUAAUAGGAAAACUUUGGAAGGAACUCGCUUCUUUGCACACUUUUGAUAAGCAGGACUCAUAAAUCCUCAAUUGCAUAAAGAUGAUUCUGGGCAUGCGGCCAUACAUUAGUUUAGCACCAUGUUCUUUUCGGGAAUGUACUGUGAUUUUUAAAAAAAAUUUAUUGCCACUAUUUAAAAAAAAGCUGAAGGCUUCUCGGGCCACCCAAGAACUUUCAAAACAACCUCGGUUUUAAUCUCGUCAAAGGAACCGUUUCAGUGACUGUGUCUUUCAUUACAUUAGAAUAUCAUCUACCAAUAUUUCCAGUUCUAUGCCUAUAAUUUUUCCCUCCCCUCCCCUUCCGCAACAAAGGUGCAGCAAAAAUGCCCCAUUAAAUUUGAAUAUGUGCAUUGUUGUGAGCAGAGCUUUAUUUUGCCAUUGAUGAUUAUCUUCUUUAUGAACAUAAACCUCCGCUCCACAAGUUUGGAAGACGUAGGGCAUGUUUUUCAUCAGUUUGAGAGCCACAGUGAAAACAAAUUCAUUCUUCGCUCUUUGAACACCUCAACAGUUAUCCUUUGCAUUUCAGAAUAAUGUGACGUGCAAAUAUUUGAGACAGCUUUUUCUUCUCAAAACAUUUCAGGGAAAAGAUAAAUAUUUGACGUACGGUGUGCUUUGGUUAUGACGGUGUUUUUUUUCCUAUGUUAAAAAAUCUUUCCAUGUCUUCUCGUCGCCGAGACGAAGAGAGUAUUACAUUUCAUUUUUGUUAAAGUUCCUUUGAAUCUAAAGCUGAUUCUUUCAGCCUGACUCAGUCACUGGAAGAAAACACGCGUAAAACUAUAGUGACACAUUUCUUUACAACCAGAAUAGCUGCAUGCCAUUAAACAAAGUGCAACCAAA